UCAAAAAACCAUCUUUCUUUCUUCCUCCAAAAUUAGUUGGCUUAAGUUUUCAAACUUUCUUGGAGAGCUUUCAUGUUUUAUGCCCACAAAAAUUGCUAUUCAGUUUUGAUCAAGUUAAUUUCUCCACCUCAGCAUGCCUACUACCCUCCAAGAUUGGCUCCAAACCCUCUAUGUGCUUCUCACCUUCUCUGCAGUCCUCUGCUUUGGCGCCCUUAAAAGUGUACUGGUGGGCCCUAUUGCCGGUUUGCUUCUGAUUUUGGGGAAUUUAGGGGUGAUUUUAGGCCUUUUCCCUGCCCAUGUUGCCUGGACUGUUUACACCCUUCUCAAAACACAUAAGUUUGAUGCCCCCCUCAAAGUUGCAAUCUUGUUGGGAUUGCCUGCUCUGUUUGGUCUUUGGUUGGGGCUUAGCAUAGCUGGUAGUUGCCUUGUGGGAGUAGGGUAUGGCUUCUUCACUCCUUGGGUUUCGUCUUUCGAGGCCUUUCGACUCGAGGAUGAAUCGAAGAAAUUCUACCACUGCCUUGUGGAUGGUACAUGGGGAGUUGUCAAGGGAAGUUGCACCGUUGUUCGUGAUUUUGCUGACUUGUGUUACUAUUCUUACCCGAACUACUUGAAGGAGCUGCGAGAAACUCCUGUUUCUAAUGAACUGCAGCCUCUGAGGUUCAUUCAUGUACCCGCAUGCAUCAUUGUUGGCCUAAUGGGCCUUAUAGUUGAAAUCCCUCUUUACACGGCUAUUGCCAUAGUAAAGAGUCCGUAUAUGCUGUUCAAGGGGUGGCAUCGGCUACUACAUGAUCUGAUCAGCCGGGAAGGCCCUUUUCUUGAAACGGCUUGCAUCCCCGUUGCUGGUUUGGCGAUCAUCAUGUGGCCACUCGUUGUUGUAGGGAGCAUCUUGCUGGCCAUAUUCACUAGCUUUUUCGUCGGGUUAUAUGCAUCUGUAGUAGUAUACCAGGAAAGGUCGUUCAGACGAGGUGUUGCCUAUGUGAUUGCUAUGGUGGCAGAGUUCGAUGAGUACACCAACGACUGGCUUUAUCUUCGCGAGGGCUCAAUACUUCCAAAGCCCCGGUAUAGGAAGAGGAAGCCAUCCAGUGCAUCAGAACCUUCUGUUGGGCGUAAUCAGUCAAUACACGAGAGGUUUAGGUCGAUAUUCCCUGAAGCUCAUGGAGUGCUCGUUCCGACCCUAACUGCAUCGAGAUCUGUUAGAGAGACGAUAAAAGAAGUGAAGAUGGUUCAGAUAUGGGGAAGCAUAAUGAAGGCGUGCGAAGUGAGGGGAAUGAAACUAGUGGAAGCAGGCGUGAUAACACAAUCCGACCUCUCAGACUGGUUGAAGGCAAAACACUCAACUGAUGGAUCGGUCGUGGGGAUUGGAUUGCCUUGUUUCUCGUUGCUGCACACUCUUCUCGACUCCAUUCAAUCUGGAUCAAAUGGGCUGAUUCUAUUCGAUGGCACGGAGGUGAACCAUCUGAACCGACCACAGGACCGACUACUUGACUGGUUUUUCCACCCGGUCAUGAUCCUGAAAGAGCAGAUACGAGCGAUGCAGUUAGAAGAAGGCGAGAUAAGGUACCUCGAGAAAGUGCUGCUCUUCGGUGAUAAAAUGGGCCGCGCUAAAUCCUGGGAAAACGGAAGCUUUGUCCCUCAUGAUUCCCUCCGAGCUGCACAAAUCGAGGGUAUCAGUCGCAGGAUGAUGGGGAUGAAUAGAAGUGUGGCCAAGUUUCCGACUUAUAGAAGGAGAUACCGUCAUGUUGUGAAGGAACUAAUGGCUCAUGCCGGUGGGAAAGGGAGCUCGAUGAUGUCAGUUACCCGUCCUUUAGUGAAAGACGGGUCCAUAAACUCGUCUAUGGGGAAGGAUGGCUCGAUGGGAUCGAUGUCCUCGAGAUCAGUUGCUUCCAUUGAUAUUGUUUGAGUGAGAAUUAUGCCUUCUUGCAAUUGAUAUUGUUUGAGUGAGAAUUAUGCCUUCUUCUUGCAAUUCUGCCUCUCUAGAACCAACUGUGCUGCCUCUGCGGGCAAUUAGCAUAGUCCUCAUUUACAUAGGAUGCACAGUCUCUUUAGUGUGUAUGUAUAUUAUCAGUUGGUUGUUUUACACUGCAUUGUUAAAUUAUGUAUAUGUAAAAAAGGUAGAGAAGUAUAGAAAUCUUUUGUAUACUUAUUCUUUUGAAUGUCUAUAUGACAAUAUUUAUUCUA